UGAUUGACAAAGCGCAUGUUGACUCUCAAACUGAGGCUCUUAAUAGAGCUCAGGUGCUCUUGAAGAUGUUGGAUACUAAUGAUCUGUUUAAGUUUUCUCCUGAGCAGCCUCAUCGCAUCAACAUGCUGAAAUGGAUCCCAUGUACUAAGCCUGGUAAUGAUAAAACGUACGGCAAUGACACAUCUCAGAGAAGUUGUUUCUUCUGCCCUGAUGAAACAAGACAUUCUGAUUAUGAGGACAUUGUUGAGCAUGUAAUGCCUCUGGGUACUUUCAGUGACAGAGUUAGCAGCCAACUUGGUCUCAAACGCCUACCCCCACCUGAAAAAGUGAUAGAGAAUUUGUCUGCUCUGACAUCAAAAGCACAGAAAAUGACUGAUCCUAACACAAAUGUGGAUUUUAAAAGAAAGCUGCAUAGCAUUUACAAACACAUGCAAGACCACAUAAAUGAAUUUGCAAGGAAGAUGAAAAAGGAUACACACUGGCUGUGGAGCCACGACCAGUUUGUAUCACCACAGGAUCUGGUUCUAGACUACCCACGAAAUCUUGAUCUGAGUUCUUAUAUUAGGAAGGUUCCAAAUGAAUUUUUGCCAUACAAGAAGUUGCUUCAGGAGUUUGGACUAAAAACAUUGCUUUCAGAUCAAGAAAUUGUUGGCAUUCUCCAUUCUAUCCAGAAAACCAUUGAAGAAAACCCACAGCCUUUUGCAAGUUCCUCUGAGGUAAAAGUGUCAAUAGAGAUUCUUAAGUGGCUGUGGAAAGAGAAGAAGACGGUUCAGGAUGACAUCCCAGUGCCAGUUCUCAUUCAGGGUGAACAACAUACCCUUAAACCACUGUCAACAGCAGUCUUCUGUGAUGUGAGCAAAAAUGGGUUGAAUGAGAUCAAGUACAGCCAGGAGGAAGUUCAUGUUGUACAUGAAGAUAUCACAAAAGCAGCUGCUGAAUGGUUUAACAUCCGAUUUCUUAGUACCUACAUUCUCGAUCCAGAGUUAGUGGGAAUAGAACAGUUUGGACAAUCUGAACCGAUAACGACGAGGAUUAAGAACAUCCUUAAGGAGUAUGAUGAAGAAAGAGACCUCUUCAAAGAGAUCAUUCAAAAUGCAGAGGAUGCUGGGGCAGAAGCCUGCAAGUUCUUGGUGGAUUUACGAGUGCACAAAGACUCCCCUGAAAGUCUCAUUGACCCUGGCAUGGCCCUUUGUCAGGGACCUUGCCUUUGGGCAUUUAAUAAUGAGCAAUUCACAGCUGAGGAUUGGAAUAAUAUUGUCAGAGUUGGCUCUGCCUCAAAAGAAAACAAAGUGGAAAAAAUUGGAAAGUUUGGACUUGGAUUUAAUACUGUGUAUCAUGUAACAGAUGUUCCUUCUAUCCUGAGUGGCAACAGUCUUCUCAUACUUGAUCCAAAUGUAACCCACCUCACGAAACACAUCAAACAUAAAACAAAUCCUGGACUCAAGCUGGAUCUCUCAAAGCAACAUCUUUUCCAUUGCUUUCCUGGUCAGUUUGGACCAUAUGAACGCAUUUUUGAUUGCAAUUUCAGAAGCCAAAGUCCCCCUGAACCAUAUCCAGGUACUCUGAUCAAACUACCUUUUCGAACUGAAGAAGAGGCUAUCAUGUCAGAAAUAAGUGAAAAAGUGUUUAACAAACAACAAAUCAUCACUUUUCAACAGCACUUUACAAACAAUUCACAAACGCACCUGCUGUUUUUGAAGAACAUCAAUAUGUUAUCUUUACAAAGUAUCUCAAACAAAGCAUCAACCCCGCCAAGAGAUAACGAAAUAGAAACAGUCUUCAAUGUCUCCAAAACCACUGAGAGUACAAUGAGGAUUCCUGAUGAAUCAAGCGUGUCCAAGCAGCAGCAAGCUGAGAAAGCAUUAAUGAAACUUGAUGGGAAAUGCAAAGAGGUCAUUGACUGCUGCACAGUCAACAUUGUCCAAAUAACUAGUCAGCAAUCUGGUGAAACUGAAGUCCAGUCCUGGCUCCUUUACAACUGCUUUGGGACACAUAAGUCCUUGCAAAUGGCCCUUCAAGAAAACAAGCAAGCCAAGUUCUCUUUGCCCAUCGGGGGGAUUGCUGUGCCUUUGCAAAAGAAUCCAGGAACUGGGAAGCUGGCCCCACUACAAACAGAUCUUGUAGGACAGGCAUUUUGCUUCCUUCCUCUGUCCAUUCACACUGGUCUUCCAGUCAAUGUAAAUGGAACAUUUGCUGUGACAAGCAACCGCAAAGGUCUGUGGGAGAGUGGUGUGAAACAUGAGUGGAACAAAGCCCUUCUUGAGGAUCCUGUCGUGACAGCAUAUAUUUCGGCACUUUCGGCACUAAAAAAAAAGUCUGAAAACAAGCAACUGGAAACAUAUUGUUAUCAUACCUUUUGGCCUGACAGAGAGAAAGUGAGUGAUACUUUCAAGCCCUUGGUUGAUGCAUUGUACUCCGCCAUAGCUCAGCCUUCCAUUGGCCCAGAGCUCUUCAGUGAUGGAGAACAUUGGUGCUCAAUGAACAGUGCCAUAUUUCUACACAAGAGUAUUGAAGAGGAUAAAGACAUCAGUGAACUUGCAGUGCAAGUGUGCAAGACGCAUGUCAAAGCACCCAACCAUGUUGUUUCUCUUCCCCUGUGGUUGAGAAAUAGCUUCAAACGGUCUGGCCUAGAGAAGGCCUUGCAGAAUAGAACAUGGAACUGGGACACGUUUUACCAAGAGGCUGUGUUCAACAACCUUGACACCAUGGACCCUAAGAGUAGAGAUACUCUUGUGCUGCAUGCGAUCGACCUUAAUAUCAAAGAACUUGACAAACUUCUGGUCUGCUAUCCAUGCAUCCCCACAAUAGGCGGACAGCUCCAGCAUAUCAGGAAACUAGUGAAUCCAUCAGGCAAAGUGGCCUGUCUCUUUCAACCAGAAGAAGGACGCUUACUCGGUGGUACCAAACAUGACUUUUGCUCCCCCAAAAGGAUUAAACGCUUGUUGGAACUUGGAAUGACAAAUGAUCAGCUCCCAUUGGAAGAAAUCACAGAGAAAGCACGCACAAUUCCCAGGACCUGGAGCUUUGACAAAAAGAAAGCGUGUGGUCAUUUAAAUUGCCUGCUUGAACUUAUGAAGAAUCACAUGAGUGAUGAAGGCUCUCUCCACUGGGAAACACUGAGGAUGACUGAAUUUCUCCCAGCAUUUUCCCCCGGUGAUACAAAAAUGGAAAGAAAUGUCACAUUUAGAAGGCCAACAGAUAUUUUUGGUGAAAAAUGCUCCCCACUUGUUAACAUGACACAACACGUGCUGGAUCAUACCAAUCUCAAAAUAUACAACACUGAUCCACUCCUGCACAUUUUGGGAGUUCAAGUCAAUCCAGGGCCUGACAAAGUGCUUCGACAACUGAAAGAAGCAUGUGAGCAAUCUCAAUCUAUUGAUACAUCCAUGCUUCACAAAAUAGCAUAUGAAUGCUAUAAGUUUCUUGAUCAGGAGCUCAGUGAUUUGGUGGAUUCCACUUUCAUUUCACAGUGGGCAAAUUCAUUCCCGUUCAUUCUUGUUGGCAGUACAUUUAUAAAUGUAAACUGCAUUGCGGAAAGUGAGCAAUUUGAAGCAAAACCCUAUCUCUAUGUACUUCCAACUGCCUUUAAGGGUUUUGGGAGGCUCUGGGAAAAUGUAGGAGUUGAAAAAUCAUUUACAACCAGUCAGCGUCUAACUGUGCUGCAGGAAAUACACUCUCAACAUGGCAACAAGACCCUGCCAAAGGAAGACCUUUUGAUGUGUCUCACAAUUCUCAGAGGAAUAUAUGAGGCCAAAGAUGAAACAAACAACUGUCUGAUACCCAAUGAACAUAAUGUUCUACAACCUGCAAGUGAGAUGUUUUACAAUGACAGCCCAUGGAUGGCAGUCGGUCCAGAUGUGACAUUAUGUCACAAGGAUAUCCAACGUGCUAUGGCUUGUCACUUUGGAAUCAAAACAACAAGGCAUCAUACCCUGCAAAACUAUACAGUUGAGAACAUUUCACCAUUUACUUUUCAUUUUGAACAGCAGGAAAAAUUGACUGUUCGAAUUAAAAACAUAAUUUCAGCCUAUCCAUCAAAGAAAGAUAUCCUUAAAGAGCUUAUCCAAAAUGCUGAUGAUGCAGAGGCAACCGAAAUUCACUUUGUUUGGGACAAACGACAGCAUGGCACAGAAAAAACAUUUGGAGAGAAAUGGAACGAACUGCAGGGUCCAGCACUGUGUGUUUUCAACAACAAAGUGUUUUCUGAUGAUGACCUGAAGGGCAUUCAACAGCUGGGAGAAGGAGGAAAGCGCAACUCUCCAGGGAAGACAGGGAAAUACGGAGUAGGAUUCAACUCUGUUUACCAUCUGACUGACUGCCCCUCCAUCCUCACUGGAGAUAAACUACUCUGCAUUUCUGAUCCCAAUCAAAAAUUCAUUGAUGGUCAUUCAGACAAACCACCAGCUGGCACUGGCUAUAAACUAGCUGACACUUUUAAGAACAUGUACAUGGAUGUCUACAAAUCCUUUCUUCCAGACGAAUUUCCCCUUAAAGAUGGCACCAUGUUCAGAUUACCCUUAAGGAUCGGUACCAUGGCAAACAGCUCUAAAAUAUCACUGCAGGAAGUCACAGACCAUGACAUGAACGAACUUUGCUCUGCACUCUCUGAAGAUCCUGAAGGACUGAUUCUGUUUCUGAAAAACAUCUGCAAAAUAGAGGUCCAUGAAAUCAAUGAACAUUCAGGGAAACUCGAAACAAUCUUUAUGGUUGAAAAACGCCUACCACAGGAAAGCAGAGAAAGUAAAGAUGCUUUUGUUAAGCUUGAACAAAAUGCGCUGCAAUCUGACAAACCAAUCACGCCAGACAAGGCUAUAUACAGUGCACUCAUUUCAACCUCUGAUAAAAGACAAAGUAAAUGGAUCAUUGCAGAACAGUUUGGGACAUUCAAAAACAGUGGCAAAGGAGACCAAACACUUCCAAAAAAACUUCCUCAAGCAGCAAUAGCGGCGCUUGUGAGCCCAAAGUUCUCUGUUGAAGCCCCACCUAGCAACAUGUGUUUUAUUGGACAAGCCUUUUGUUCACUUCCUUUGCCAGGAACAACUGGACUGCCAGUGCAUGUCAACGCAAACUUUGAGGUAGAUUCUGCCAGGAGAGGCCUUUGGAUAGAAGAUGGGCAAAGUCUAAAAUCUAACUGGAAUGAAUCUUUGAAACAGAAUGUCAUUGCUCCACUUUAUGCUGAUCUCCUUCAGCACAUCUGCCACCACUUUGCAAAAAAGAAUACCACUUGUGCAAGUUUUGAGUCAUUCUACUUGUGUUUUUGGCCAACUGUGUCCAAACAUGUUGACCAGGAUUGGCAUGAAAUGAUACAUGAGGUGUACAGAUCAAUCAAAGAAAAAGGUCUUGAUGUGAUUCCAGUUUUGAGGAGUUCAACACGCAAAGUUGCAGGCCAAGAAUUGAAGACAUAUUCUUUUGACUGGUGUAAUGUCAGAGAAAAUGAAACCACUAAGGCACCUUAUCUCACACACUGGGAAACAGACAGGAUAAUGCCAAUAUUGGAAGAUCUUGGAAUGACAUUGGUACCUUCUAUCAUGCUAAAUGUUUGGGAAAGUUUCAGAUCCGCAGACAUUGCAGUAAGAGAUGUGAAUCCUUCAAGUGUGCAGACUUUCCUGAGAGAAAUACCCGUCAAUGACCCGACCAAAACAGACAAGGAUUUACCACUGCCCAUAACUGCCACCUUGAUCAGAGAUGGAAAAAGAUGUUCUGAGCUCUUGAGUUUCUGCUUAAAAGACUUUAAAAAGACAGCAAAAGACAACUCCAUUACACUCAAUGGACUUCCACUUCUUCUCACAAGUGAUAAAGUUUUGAGAGUGUUUGACUCCAAAUCUCCCAAGCUGAUAUCGAGUUAUGAGAGUCUGUUCUUUGCCUACAAAGAACACUUUGCAGACUUUCAGACAAACAGAAAGAACAUUGAUGCUCUACAAACUUUAAACCUUGUCGAAAGAUUGACAGUUCCCUGUGCAGCAAAAUAUCUGAAGCCGUUAAUUCAGCAACUUCUUCAGAGCUGUGAAGUUGAUCCACAAAGUGGUCUUCAUGUCCCAAAUGAGAGAGUGUUGAUGUGGUUGAAAUCACUUUGGAAGUUCUUAACGAGUGAAAUUAAACCUGCAACAUCUAAUGGUGAUGAAGAAAGCCUGACAUUAAGUGAUGUCAGGCAGCUCUUCAGCGACUGCUGCAUUUUACCUGUUGUGUGUCCAAGGUUGAACAACAAACACUUCCUGAAAACAAUGAAAGACAUGCCGAGUGUGCUUAAGAGCACCUCUGGAGAGGACAUAUCAGGCAUCCUUUUUAAACUUGGUUUUAUGAAGCUUGAAAGUACAUUUGUCUCUGAGAUGCCUGUAGAACAACGUUUACUUCUUCACUCUGAACUUAUGGAUGUGAAUGAUAAAAGCUCUGUGUUGGAGCAGCUCUACAACAUAAACCACUCAGAGUUUUCCCAGCUUUCAAAUCAUGAGUUGAAAGAGCUUCAGUGUGACCUGCAGUCUGGAGUAUCCAAGUCCAAAGACAAACAAGGAUAUCAAAGAAAGCUAAAAUCGUUGCCAAUAUUUGAAACAAUACAUGGUGAACGAGUAAGGAUUGAUGGACCUAAAGAGGUAUUUAUCCUCAACAGCACAUAUUCAAAGGCAUUUCCGGAUUUGUUCUCCCUAUCUGACAGCAACAGCAUUUUUCUCCAACACAGUCAUGCAAACAUCAGUCUGUCAUACACAUUGAAAAUCCAAACCAUGAAUGAUUUGGACUAUUUCAUGAAGUUUAUUCUGCCUGUUGUACACACACUCACUGAAAUGCAGAAGCUUCACUGCCUCAAACUCUUACUGACAUCAGAAUUCAUUCAUUGUAAGUGUAGGGAAACAAUCAUCUCCUCAAUGAAGGCAGUGCAAUUGAUUGCCAAUUCUCAAGGCACAUUGGAGAAGGCAUCAUACUUCUUUGAUAAGAGUGUUGGGCUGUACAAAAAAAUGUUGCCCAAAGAGAGGUUUGUACCUGAGAGAUUUUGGACUGAGUUGUGUGAAGGGCUUUUUCUACCAGACCCAAAGAAGUUACUAAGAGACCUUGGAAUGAAGCAUGUUGUUUCAAAAGAUGACAUAAUUCACUUUGCACACCAGUUAGAAUCAGAAGCAAAAGGAAAUGGUGACCUUAAAGAUUUGGAACCAAAAUCAUCCUUAAUAUUCAAAGCCGCCUUGAAUAUACAGAUUAAGGACAAGCACGAAAAGGAAAUGUUUCUGGAGGAAAUGGCUGACAUCAAGUUCAUUUUUCCUGUGAAAAUUGAAAAAGAACUGCAAAACUACCACCAACCAUUUGCGGCUGAGAGAACUGCUGUUACAAUCAGGGGGUCUUUGAUAGACACUGAAGCUAAGCAUCAAGAACUGGUUUGGUCCUCAAUGCCAAUUAUACAUCUACCUGUUUAUAAGUCAGAGGAAGUCCUGGAAAAGAUGAAUAAAGCUGGAGCUCAUGAACAACCACCGCCAAACUGUGUGACAAGUAACAUGAGAAACAUCUGUCAGUCGCCCUGUAUAGAUCAAAAGUUGAUCCAAACCCGUGCUGAGGUUUUUCGAAGUGCAUAUGAAUACCUGCAAGUAAACACGUUUGAAGUCCAAACAUUGGCUGGUCUUCCUGUGGUUUUGGUUGAAAAAGACAAGGGACUUGCAAAGCCUGAUGAUACUUCUUUUUCACUCCCGCACGAGCACGAGUUCAGACCGUAUUUGUACAAAAUUUCUCCGAACGAUGUCAUGUUUUCAAAGUUCUUCAAGCUAAUUGGUGUUAAGGACACACCUACAGCAGUGCAGUAUUGUAAUGUUCUGGCAGCAGUUUAUGCUGAUUCCUGCGAGAAACCCAAUCUUAACCCAAACCAACUGAAAACUGUGAAACGUGCUGUUGAGCAGUUUUUCCUGUUAAUCAAAACUAAAGAAAACCAGUCCCUUGUUGAUGAUUCAAUGACUUUGUAUCUUCCUGCAGUAGAUGGUAAAGUAUACCCAUCCUGCAAACUCUACUACAAUGAUACAGUGUUUGAGAGCAAAAGGUUGGAAAAAGCGCUUGAGAAUAAGUUUCUUUUGCUUGAGAAACUAAGUGAGUGUCACUUAGGCGAAGACAUGUAUGAGCAUCACCGAUUGCUGCAAUUUCUGCCUCAAACCUUUAAGCCUAAUAUGCUGUCUCAAUUCACUGAGGAGAAAGUAGUGGAAUCAGACAUGCAGCUUUGUGAGCUUGGUGCUGACUGUGAAUUUAGUGGAUGGUUUGAAAGUCAUUUGUCCUCAGAAGCAUUUAUACAUGGACUCAUUUGUCUUAUCAGAGACCAGUCCAAGGGGGAAAUAACACAAGAAGAUGCUACUGAGAUGUGCAAGAAGACUUUUGGCAGCAUUCAGAUUGUCUGCUGCAAUAGUCUAAAAACUGAGCUUUGGGUGAAUCAACAGCCACUACACCAGACUGCCUCUCAAACCGAUGUUUUUGUCAAACAAGAGCAACAAGGUUGCAUAUUUUACUUGAAACACAACAACGACAUAAUUCCUAGGGUCUUAAGUGACAUCAAUAUGACAUUGACAAAGGAGAUUAAUGCUCUUUUAGGUAACACAUUUGGAUCGAAACACCUUCUGGUCCUCGUACACCUUCUCAUGUGUAACAAUAUGCAAGAUGUUCUGAAAACUCUUGCUAAGAAUGGGAUCCAUGACAGUGCUGAAACUCAAAGCAUUUUCCGCAAUCCACCAGCCCCUGGAACAGAAAUCCCAGUGGAAUGGCAUGAUUCCUUAGACAUGAACAUCCUCAAUAACUUUGAAGAGGGCGAAUAUGUUGGCUACAGCACCAACAACAAGUAUAUCUAUGCAGUUAUUGUUGAAGAACUGCCUGGGCAGUCGGGACCAUAUUCACACAGAUACAAAAUAGAAAUUGGAGAAGAUGAGCCCAUUGAAGUCAGUUGUCUGGACCUGUAUCAGUUUAAACGACAAAAGAAACCAGAACCUAAAGGAAGUUCUGCUGCUUCUACAUCUGCUGAUACUUCUUGCAUGGACAUGGUGCCACUAGAAGGAGCUGUGCCACAUUCUUCCAAACCAUCAAGUACAAGUUCCUCUUCUACGAGAUCCUCACCAGCCUCUCUUGAAGAAGCUAAAAUGGAAAUUGACAAAUGUCUAAAAGAGAUUUGGACUCUUCCUGAGGAGGAAAAGCAUAAAGCCAUCAAACGACUUUACCUUAGAUGGCAUCCUGACAAAAACCUUGACUGCAUACCUCUUGCCACUGAGGCAUUCAAAUACCUGCAGAAUCAAAUUGCUGAGCUCAGCAAAGGGAAGGGCAAAGGCACAAAUACAGGCUCAUCUUAUUCAAGCGGAAGAUCAGACUUCAGGAACUUCUAUGAUGAAUGGAAUCAGGAGGCCAGGCAUCACAGAAAUGCUAGGGACGGAUUCUCCAGAAGCAACCGUUCCUACAAUUUUUGGACACAUAAUAAAAAUGUCCCAAGGCCAAACAAAGAAGAGGCCCAACGCUGGAGAAGACAAGCUCGCUGUGAUCUCGACGCAGCCUACAAAGACGUUAGUGGGGCGAGCACAGAGUGGUGUCUGUUCAAAGUCCAUCAAGCAGUGGAAAAGUCUCUCACAGCUGCAAAGUAUAAGAGAGAUGGUCAGCAUCCCACCAGCAGCUCCAUUGUAUCCCUUGCAGCACAAGUUUCCCUCUACAACCUCAAACUGAGAGUUCUUCCUCAAAUAGUGAGGAAUCUGAAGGCGUUGGGAGUGGACGACAAAAAGACUCAGUAUCCAAACUGCCAUCCAUUUCCCCAUAUUCCAAAUGAGCAGUUCAAACCAGAGAAUGAGUUGUUGGCACUGAAGAGCGCAUCUGAGCUUCUGAGUUUAGUCGAGGAAUAUGUAAAUUAGGGAUUCAAGACAAACUGACACGUCAUGUUGGUAGAGUCAAUUUAGGUUUGUUCGGCAUGUAAAAUGGCAUUAGCCAUAUUCUUAUAUUAAAACAUUACUCUGAAGAAAAUAAUAGUUCCAUUUGUUAAAAAAAAACAUAUCAGUCAAAAUGCUGACAUAAAAUGUGUGUGUAAUGUAGGGACUUACUGAAGCCAAUGAAAGGCCAUUGUAAUGGGAAUGUAAAUAUGAUAUUUUGAGUAUUGUUGAAGAGUUUUGACUACUCACUCAGGACCCAUAGGCCCUCUAUUAUUUUGUUAUGGAAAUGAAACAAAAUAAGUUAUAUUUAUGCAAAGUUAUCGUUUAUGACCACUCACUUGGGAUCACUUUAAACUCUGUAUUACUUUAUUUUUUAUUAUUGUUCUACAAAUGUACAACUACUCAAAGUGAGGACCAAUUUAUUGUCUGUAUGACUUUUUAUGAAAAUAUCAAGAUGUUCUUUGAAAUGUUGUAAACGGUUAAAACUCACUGAGGUCCAAUAUAAUAUCUGUAUGACUUUUCUUUUUACUAUAUUAUCAUUUAUACCUAUCCAUUAGGCGCAAUAUAAUCUCUGUUUUACUUAUAUAUUAUUACUUUAUUUUAAAUACUUUCUAAAAAUGCAAUUAUAAUUAUUUUUUGUUCAUCAUUGUUAUAAACAUUUACAAUUUCUAACUGUGAUGACCAAUAUAAUAUAUGUAUGACUGUUAUAAAAAUAUCAAUAUAUUUUUUUGCAUGUUGUUAACCUUUACACUGCGGACCAAAAUGAUCUCUGUAUGACUUGUUCCUCAAAGUUUUCUAAACACUGAGUUAUCAAUAAGUCAAAGAAACAAUGGCAUAACCAGAAAUAUAUUAAUUAUUGAAUGUGAUGUUAUGUUCUGUUAUCAUUUAUUACUACUUACUCAUAAUCAAUAUAAUCCCUGUACCACUUUUUUUGGAAAGUACAAAUGCCACAUUGAGUUUCUGAAGCCAAUGAAAGACCAUUGUAAUGGGAAUGUGAAUAUGAUAUUUUGAGUAUUGUUGAAGAGUUUUGACUACUCACUCAGGACCCAUAGGCCCUCUAUGAUUUUGUUAUGGAAAUAAAACAAAGGAAGUUAUAUUUAUGCAAAGUUAUCGUUUAUGACCACUCACUUGGGAUCACUUUAAACUCUGUAUUACUUUAUUUUUUAUUAUUGUUCUACAAAUGUACAACUACUCAAAGUGAGGACCAAUUUAUUGUCUGUAUGACUUUUUAUGAAAAUAUCAAGAUGUUCUUUGAAAUGUUGUAAAUGGUUAAAACUCACUGAGGUCCAAUAUAAUAUCUGUAUGACUUUUCUUUUUACUAUAUUAUCAUUUAUACCUAUCCAUUAGGCCCAAUAUAAUCUCUGUUUUACUUUAUAUUAUUACUUUAUUUUAAAUACUUUCUAAAAAUGCAAUUAUAAUUAUUUUUUGAUCAUCAUUGUUAUAAACAUUUACAAUUUCUAACUGUGACGACCAAUAUAAUAUAUGUAUGACUGUUAUAAAAAUAUCAAUAUAUUUUUUUGCAUGUUGUUAACCUUUACACUGCGGACCAAAAUGAUCUCUGUAUGACUUGUUCCUCAAAGUUUUCUAAACACUGAGUUAUCAAUAAGUCAAAGAAACAAUGGCAUAACCAGAAAUAUAUUAAUUAUUGAAUGUGAUGUUAUGUUCUGUUAUCAUUUAUUACUACUUACUCAUAAUCAAUAUAAUCCCUGUACCACUUUUUUUGGAAAGUACAAAUGCCACAUUGAGUUUCUGAAGCCAAUGAAAGACCAUUGUAAUGGGAAUGUAAAUAUGAUAUUUUGAGUAUUGUUGAAGAGUUUUGACUACUCACUCAGGACCCAUAGGCCCUCUAUGAUUUUGUUAUGGAAAUAAAACAAAGGAAGUUAUAUUUAUGCAAAGUUAUUGUUUAUGACCACUCACUUGGGAUCACUUUAAACUCUGUAUUACUUUAUUUUAAUUUUUUAUUAUUGUUCUACAAAUGUACAACUACUCAAAGUGAGGACCAAUUUAUUGUCUGUAUGACUUUUUUAUGAAAAUAUCAAGAUUUCUUUUGAAAUGUUGUAAAUGAUUCAAACUGUCUGAGGUCCAAUAUAAUAUCUGUAUGACUUUUCUUUUUACUAUAUUAUCAUUUAUACAUAUGCAUUAGGUCCAAUAUAAUCUCUGUUUUACUUAUAUAUUAUUACUUUAUUUUAAAUACUUUUUUUGGUUCAGUAUUGUUAUAAACAUUUACAAUUUCUAACUGUGACGACCAAUAUAAUACAUGUAUGACUGUUGUAAAAAUAUCAAGAUAUUUUUUUGCAUCUUGUUAACCUUUAUACUGCGGACCAAAAUGAUCGUUGUAUGACUUGUUCCUCAGUUUUCUAGACACUGAGUUUCAUUGAGUUAUCAAUAAGUCAAAGAAACAAUGGCAUAACCAGAAAUAUAUUAAUGAUUGAAUGUGAUGUUCUGUUAUCAUUUAUUACUACUUACUCAGGAUCAAUAUAAUCCCUGUUCCACUUUUUUUGGAAAGUACAAAUGCCACAUUGAGUUUCUUCACUAUUACACUUUUUUGUCUGAACUUUUUACAUCGAUUAAAAAAUGAAAAUAAAGCAAUUCAAUCAAGGAUUAAA